AGCAGAAGCAGCAAGAGCGUCAUCUGGAAUUUGCAGCUGUCUCUGGCUAAGAAGCCAGUUCACAGCCAGAGGAAGGUCUAAGUCUCAGAGCUGGGAUGCACAGAUGCUCCUCCAGCCUCCCCUUUCUCCGAGGGAUGGACACAUGAACACUUCUGCCUGCUCGUAGGGCGAAGGGCUAGAGGAACUGAGAACAACUUUCUGUCAGCAACACUAGCUUCCCAUCACGGAAACAUCCAAGUGUUUCAUUGCUCCUCCGCAGCACACUACGGAAAGGGGGAAAAGAUAAAGUGCAAAUGAAAGUCAUAACCAACUUCAGCUACCCUAGAAACAACAGCAACUGCACCAGCGAUAACAGAAUCAGUCAAGUAAUUUUUCCUUUGCUUUAUACAGUUCUGUUCCUGGUGGGUAUCACAAUGAAUGGCCUGGCAAUGUGGGUCUUUUUUAAAAUAUCCAGUAAAUCCAAUUUCAUCAUCUUCCUCAAGAACACUGUCAUUUCUGACUUCCUUAUGAUUUUGACUUUUCCAUUUAAAAUCCUUAGCGAUGCAAAGUUGGUAUCAUGGGUACUGAGAGGAUUUGUGUGUCAGGUCACCCAGGUUGUAUUUUACUUUACCAUGUACAUUAGCAUUUUGUUUCUUGGUCUGAUAACUAUUGAUCGCUACCAGAAAGCUGCUUCGCCGUUCAGAACGUCAACACCAAGGAGCCUCUUAGGGGCCAAGAUCCUUUCCACAGCAAUCUGGAUAUCAAUGUUUGCUCUUUCAUUACCCAACAUGAUUCUAACAAACAAGAAGCAAACACCUAAGAAUGUAAAAAAGUGUGCUCUCUUGAAAUCUGAGUUCGGCUUAGUCUGGCAUGAAAUCGUAAACUACAUUUGUCAAGUUAUCUUCUGGAUUAAUUUAGCAGUCAUAGUUGUAUGCUACAUACUCAUAAGUAAAGAACUGUACAAAUCCUACAAAAGAACAAGAUCCGCAGGAAAGGCGUCCAAAAAGACUGUAAAUCUGAAAGUUUUCAUCAUUAUCACAGUGUUCUUUAUUUGCUUUGUGCCGUUUCACUUUACUAGAAUCCCCUACACAUUGAGCCAAACAAGAGACGUUUUUGAAUGCUCUGCUCAGAACACGUUGUUUUACUUGAAAGAGAGCACGCUGUGGCUAACAUCACUAAAUGCUUGCCUAGACCCAUUCAUAUACUUUUUCCUUUGCAAAUCAUUUAGAAAGUCCUUGCUCGACAUGCUGUGCAAGCACACAGCAUCAGCAGAACUCAGAGCACAGAUGAAGGAGCAGAACGAAGGAGACGACACAGACGAGACACCGCUCUAGAGCUACCAUACUCCCUCUUGGCCACGUACGUUUACUGGUAGGUAGAAGCAGAACUACUCCUGCAAAGAGUAUCUAGAAUUUCACCGGCUUCUUUAGAAACUGUCCUACAAAUCAAGCACAAACACCCCGGAACUAACAUCCCUGGUUGCAAGAGUUGUGAGACUAGAAAGCUUCAACCACCCAAUUGCAACUUCCAUGCUUGUAAGAAUUGCUGGGAGGAAGUCUGAACUUAUAGUUGGAGCUGUAAGGAAAAAAUUAAAACAGAGUCAUGAAAUGUUACAGAUGAAAUUAUGAACUGCAAAGAUUUUGCAGAAAGAGUUGUUCGUGACAACACAAGAUCUGGGAAAUGCAAAUAAAAUACACAGUAAAUGUGGUCCUUAAAUAUAAGGACUUGUCACCUUGUACGCAACUGGCAAACAGAAAUAUAGGACACAGGUAAAUAAGUUAAUAAUCUGUGCAGAUUUUGGGUAACAGAAUAACAUUUUGCUUAUCUCGUUAUAUUCUUGCAAUUCUUAAUUCAUUGACCAAUAAUUAAUAGUUGUAUGUCACAGGAAAUUAUUUCAUAAUCAGGCUUAUCUUGAUGUGAGUUAAAUCUUCAAAUACUUCACCUAAAUAAAUAAAAAUGUACACUUUUAUGGAGAACACUAUAUUAUAUUAGAAAAUACACAAAUAUUCAAUUUACAGAAUACUUAGACCUUAGGGAAAGAAAGACUCAGGGUAAAAUGCUUGCUGAUUAUUAAGGGCAGGUUUUUUUGCACUAUACAAAAAUUUUAACAACUUCCCCUUUUUCAUUUGGAAAAGUUGAAAAAAACAGGGAAGUAUUUUCGGGUACAUAACAUUUUCAGGUAACAAAACCACCACACAUGAAAAAGAUCCUAGGCUACCAUAAUCAAUUAUGGUUCGUUUAUCAUCACUGUAAAACAGCUCCAAUUCAGAAAUGUGUUUCACCAUCACUCAAGAGCUCAAUCCUGCCAAAAGCCAUUGCUUGUCUACCCUUCUCUGGUACUUUCUGUGCUUGGCAGGGCAUCGGGCAUUUUUAUGACUGACACAUAAUUUCCUAAAAGGUUAAAAGACAGUUCAUUUACUUUAGCAACUUACUUAGUUUAUAACCUGCCU